UUGACCUACUGUACAUAAAGUAACAUGCAAACUCAGAUAUAGACGUUUCACUGUUAUUAAAAUAACUGGAUGCUUAAAAAGUAGUGUUUUGUGAACCCUACUAAAAUAUACAGUGUAUUGGCAGGCUGUAUACUCAAUGACUUGCAAUUUAUAUGGCUAUACACAUAUAUCUCUACAAGUUUUCACAUUUAAAUCAAUACAUCCAUUGGUGAUCUGUUAAGACUGUGACCUAUGCGUGCAAGUUUAUCUUAAGUAUUAGAUUACAUUUAAGCAAAAUGCCAAAUUAUGACAUAACUGAGUCACCAGUGCCCAGGUGGACUUAAUGUAUAUUUCAUUUAUUACACAUUCGUGAUCUGUGAAGAUGGUGGAGAAAGGACUGAAGAAUACAAGGGCAUGGUUGGGGAUAGUGUUACUCAUGGGGGUGAUUCCAUGGGGGUCAGGAAUGAAGGUCCUCCUACUUCCUGCCCCAGCUGGAUCAAGCCAUCUUUCCUAUUUCACUGCAGUAGGAGAAGAACUUAUUGCUCAGGGACAUCAGGUGGGCUUAAUUGUAACCCCAUACUUGAAGGAUAAAAUACCAAAAAGUUUCAAAGAGACAAAAUCAUCAAUCUAUUACUGGGACACCAAAAUCACACCGCAGGAUUUGUCAGAUGCCUCAGUAGGCAGCCUGAAUUCAGAAGCGAAUCGAGAAAAAGAUGCUUUUGAAAAUUUUAUGAAAUUAGCUGGAAAAAUGAGAGAUGAUAUAGUUCCGUUUCUAGAAGACGCUGAUACCAUAGCAAAAAUGAAGGCAGAAAAUUAUGACAUUGUUAUAGUUGAUGGGUUUAUACUAGGAAGUUAUAUCUAUAUUGUUCCAUAUAAGUUGAAUGUACCAUUCUGUACCCUGAUCACCCCUUUUGUAGCUGAGUUUAUGGGGUCUCCAGCACUACCUUCGUUUACUCCUAAUUUGAUGAUGCCCUAUACACAAGAAAUGGAUUUGGAGCAGAGAAUACAGAACUUUUUUGCUUCCGUCAUGUUUGGGAGAAUGAUGGAACAUAACUUGCCAUCGGUUGAUGACUCUUUGAUAAGACAUCUCGUUCCUGAAAGACCCCCAAUACGCAUCAUACCAGACCUGGUAAAGCAGUCUGGCCGUUGGCUUAUAAAUUCAGACCCCUUGAUGGAUUAUCAUCGUCCAAUAAUGUCAAAUAUUGUCCAAGUAGGGGGGCUCACCAUCCAUCCUGCCAAAUCACUCACAAAACAGUUUGAAGAUUUUGUUUCAAAAUCGAAUGGAUUCAUCAUUGUAUCAUUUGGGUCUGUGGUUAACUCUAUCGAUGAUGAUGUUGCAAAUAAAAUGAUAAAAGCAUUUAAGAGCAUAAAGUAUGACAUUAUCUGGAGAUAUCCAGGAGAUAAUACAAUAACAGUCCCUAACAAUGUGAUGAUAUCAAAAUGGCUGCCACAGAAUGAUUUACUAGCAAAUCCAAAAGCGAAGCUUUUUAUCACACACUGCGGCAAUAAUGGGCAAAUUGAAGCACUGCAUCAUGGGAUACCUAUGCUCGGAAUGCCCUUUUUUGGGGAUCAGAAACAGAACAGCAUCAGAAUGGAGUUUAAAGGAUACGGGAUCCACAUGAAUGUUCAAAAAUUCACAUCAGAUGAACUCGAAAACAAUAUCAAUGAAAUCAUCAGCAAUCCGAAAUACACAGAAAAGAUUCGAAAAGCUUCUAGGAUUUUCAAAUCUCAAGAAAGUCCUAGAAAACGUGCAGUGGCUGCGAUAAAACAUGUCGUAGACUUUGGUUCAGACCAUCUACGGCCAAUCACAGUAGAUAUGCCACUCUGGAAGUUAUGGAUGCUGGAUAUUUAUGCAUCCGUAGCUUUUGGAGUAUUUUUAAUUUUAUUCAUAGCUAAAGUAAUACUCAGUUUUAUCUUUAGAAGACUAUGGAAAUUCUGCUUUGGUAAACCUAAAAGUGAUUAAAUUGUUUGAUCAAGUUGAUUUUGACACAUGAUCUCUUCAAAGUAUAUCACUGUUGUCGCAUAGUAUAUCAUUUACCUGGAUUUUAUCAUCCUCCAAAUACAGGGCUCCAGACAUAAUCCAGGAAGAAAAAGAGUGGAUGAAGUCUUGAGCCUUGCAUUUGGAGAAUUUGAUCUUAUAUGAGAGCCAGUUACCAUAUUGUAUACUUUGAUGAUUCAGACCCUAAUAUUUCAUGACUUAUGCAAUGGAUGUUAGUUUGAAAACAAUUGGAUGGUUGUCAAAAAAAAGAGGUAUAUAAAAUAAAAUUUAGUAAAUUAGAAAAUAUGUGUUUGUCUUUGCCAAAUAUCCUUUUAACGGUUUUUUU